CUCUUAGCGUGACGCGGCGCCCGCUCUCCGGCGCCAUCUUGCCGCUGGUCGCGGGGAGCGGAGCGCAGCGCAGCGCAGGGCCGGCCGAGCCAUGCCGCACUACCAGACCUGGGAGGAGUUCACGCGCGCCGCCGAGAAGCUCUAUCUCGCCGACCCCAUGAAGGUGCGAGUUGUUCUCAAAUAUCGACACUGUGAUGGGAACCUCUGUAUCAAAGUAACGGAUGACAUAGCUUGUUUGCUGUAUAGAACAGACCAGGCUCAAGAUGUAAAGAAGAUCGAAAAAUUCCACAGUCAGCUAAUGCGACUCAUGGUGGCUAAGGAAUCCCGCAGUGCUGCCAUGGAAACAGACUGAAUUGCUGAAAAUAAAAUGAGUGCUCCGGUCAUAUUUCACUGGAAGAAAAUAUUACUUGGAUUUGAGCAAAUACUGGGACAGGAGAUGCUUUUAUGUACCAAAGUGGAGUGAUGAAAAGCCUGAAGCUUUUUUUUUCCUCCAGACUCCACUUUGGAAAACUAGGAAAAUAAAUGCUUUCAAUUGAAAGCUUAUAUUUAUUUUUGGAAAUUGAACAAGAAACUAUUCUUACACGUUAAAUAUGCUAAGACAUGUAAAUCUUUCUAAGUCUACAGUACUUUAUUUGAUAGGCAGCAAGCAUAUUUCUGAAAGUUGUGAUACGGUUUCAUAUAGGUUACAUUGUGUUCAUAUCUUAUGCUGGUGUAUUCUCACAGUGAGAAGGUUUAUUAACCUGACUAAUACUGUAGCAUGAUGACUGGAUCUAAUAAAUAUAUACAUAAAUGAUAUACAUCAAUGGGUUUUAGAAGAACAGAUGUUUUCUGAACUGAAAUGUUAAUUUGCCAAUAUAUAUCAGCACUGUCACUAGCAAGAUUUUAGCGUUUAGUAUUGAUCUUGAUUAUAAGCUGUGCAACAUGAUCUGUGAUGCAGUUUGUAGAAUUGUUAUAUUGGCUAAAUAAUUAAACUUCUGUAUUUGAAACAGUAAGUAAAACCUUGCUUGAAUAUUGCUAGAUAUCAUAUGGGAAGCUGGGAAUUUCUUUUCCACUUAAUCAAAUAUUGAUAUUUUAAAAAGAAGUGGCUUUUUUUUCUAGUGGUGAACUACUGUAUACUAGCAGUGGGGACCUUUUCCAUCCUAGCCUCAGGCAGAGUUGAAGUAUAUCAGCAAGGCAAAUUCUAGAAGCUGUCACCUAUUAUGCUAAUGGAAAAAGACAACCAAACGCUAUCCAGACUCUCUAUUUUAGUAGCUUGCUAACUGUGCGUUUUCAAAUAUUGUGUGGUGGAUGGAUGUCAGCCAACUAAAUAAAUGAAUGAAAACCAGCUUAAUAAAUACUUAAAUACCUCUGUCAAAAAUAGACCAGUGCUCAUGUGGCUUAGAUUUGUUUCUCAUUGUUCUCUGGUAGGGUGACAGCAGCUUUAAUUGUCUUUUGCAAAAGCUUUUUGCUUGAAAAGCCAUUACUGAAAUUGAUACUUGCUUUGACUAGAUCUUGCAUACCUAAAAACAGAUGGGAUUUGUACGUAAUUAUGCCAUUGGUAUAACCAAGCUUUUCCUGGGCUAAUAUUUUGGCUUAAACCAAACCAUGAAAGUGAAGGGAGAGCCAUACAAAGACUUGUCUGUACUGGUAUUUAAAUAUAACAAAACAAUCUACUUAAAUAGCCACCUGCUGUCAUUACAUAAAAAUAAUUGAUCUACGCAGAAGCAGUGGAAUUUCCACAUUUACCAAGGACUCAAAACAAAAUCCAGACUUGAAUAUUGCAUUAGAUUACCCUUUCAGCUGAACAUAUAAUGUUGCAUAUUGUUGGAAAAUACUUCAGUGCUAGAUUGUCAUUGGCUACUCAAUUUGUAGUCUGCGGGAGUGACUGAUAGAUAUGUAACACUUUUCUUACUGAAUUUUCUUUUUGAAAUACAAAUAACUGAAAUCCACAAAGAAUGUUAAGUUUUGUUCAUAGUUGAUCAUUAAGAUACCAUGAUGCUGAGAACUUCCUUUGAUGCUUCAGAUUGUUGUGUUGAUAUUUGUAAUGUACCAUGUUAACUAUUUAAACAUAUUUUUUAUCUAAAGCAUUAUUCUACAGUAAAUGAUUGUUACACAGAAGUCACAUGUGGGUUGUAGCGAACAAGUAGCGCUUUGAGCUGUUGGGUUAGCAGGCAUAAAGGCUGUAGCUAUUUCAGUGUUAUUUUGGACAUCUCUUUUAACUUGUAGAUGUCUUGUGAGCUGAGGUACAGAAUGGUGUGACUGGUAUUUGGUCAUGCAGGGAAGAAUAAAAAUAGAGACAGAACUGUAGAUGGACUCGGUGCACCAAAAGGCCUAAGCUAGAUAUUGAGCAGGUUUAGAGGCAGGCACUCUUGAACAGUGUGUGGGGGAAAUAAUAGUACUAUAUUGCUAUAUUAGAGUAGUAGAUGUCAAGGAAAGAGUGGGAGGGAUAGAUUUCUGGUUUUCUGAAUUCAGAAACUAUUUCUGUAAAACUGUAAGGAAAUAUUAAUGCUACUGUCUUGGGAGUACAUGUUGUUAAGCUUUGCCUCCACAUGCUUGCAGAAAAAUGAGGGCAAUACUGUGCAGUCAUAAUGCACAAGAAUAUUGAUAAUGAGAAAUUAAAAGCUUUUGGAUAUUGUAGACCUCUUCAGAAGAGAAGACAGAAGCUUCUUGACUUUAUCCUGCUGUCUUCAGCCACUUUGAUAAACACUUCGUGUAGUAGAAACCUUAUAAACUCAUAAAGCUCUGCUUUUUCUAGCAUAUGCCUUUGCUGAGAGUAUGCACAUGUCUAUAUGUACACUGGUCACUGUUUCCUAAUAAACUUUUAGUCAAUGA